AUGCUUUCUAUGAGGAUGACUGGCAAAGGCCGCUUGGAGCACUGUGUGGUGAAGGUUCCUGAGGGCGAGAAAACUGGAAACGAGCCUGAAGAGGUGAGGCUGCAGAAUGCCAGCAAACAGAUUGUGCAGAAUGCCAUCCUGCAGGCUGUGCGACAAGUCUCCCAGGAGAGUCGGCAGAGGGAAGAGAGAGACGGUGACAACCGGGGCAGCUUCCAGCUGGGCGUGGGGCAAUUAACCAAGAAGCAUGAAAAGAAGUAACACGGUGGAUUUGGCUCUUGUCAUAUGCUCGUCUUUCAGCCUUUCUUUUAGUAUAGGAUGCGUCGCCAACAUGUUGCCAGUAAAGCAAACCAAAAGUGCCAUUGGCACCUAGUGGCAGAAUGAAUUCAUACGAGCCCUGGCUGAGAAGCACUGUUUUGAAAAAGUGCGUUAGAUGAUUCUGUUUAUAUCAAUGCAGUGCCUCUUAAACAUUGUGGGGCCAAACCCGAUAUUGUAAUUGCAAAAGUCGUUUUGCAGCACAAUGUAUUUUUAAAAACAUAAUUCUGUCUAUUGAUUUCUGCCUUUUAUGCAUUCUUUCUGUGAAUUUAACCAAUAGUCCUUUUUGCUGUAA